UCUGAACCCUCUGCAUCUCUCUCCUCCAGUCUGUGGGAGUUAUUCUCACCCUCCACACCGCGUCCCUCACUCCUCACCCGGUCACUCGGAUCCGGACUCACGGACACUCAAACUCGUCUCGCGCUGGAAAUCAAAAUAAUUAUGUCCAUUUUAUCAUCUUAACUAUUACUGAAGAAGGAUUACAUGAUGCUGCUGUUCGCUUUACUCGUUUGUUUCAGCCCAAAUGUCCUGGGGCAACUGGAGGAACCUCCGUUUGGGGAUGAGUUUGAUUUCGACCUUUCAGACUUUGAUUUAGAUAUUGUAAGAAAUUUUCAAAAUAAAGGGUCUAUUUUUUUCUAUUUUUGUUACCCUACUUUAUAUCAUUUAUGACUCGUCUUUUGUGUGCACACAGGCUCCACGCAGGGUCCCACGGCAGGUGAAAGCGAUACUCUCCAAGGUAAGGACUUUUUUCCAGCAGAGAUAUGAAACUAUUUCAGUGUGUCACCACUUUGUGCGUGUAGAAUAAAAACUAAACAAGUAAAAGUUGUUCAAAACUCAGAUUCCUAUGAUUUGUUUGGAAUAUAGAACUAGAAACACUGUCCUAUUACUGCAGGUGAUCAUUUGGUUUAUGUAUCGACACCAUUUAGAGCCUCAAUAAUGUGACAGUGUAGGAGGUAUUUAGAGUCUGCUGUCUCUUCCUCCGUUGAGACAACACCUGAUUUUAACGGAAAAUCAUAUUUCUUACGAUGACCUAGAAUGCAUGACCUAGUUGAAGUUAUUUACAAGCAUAUUUUGUCAUCUUUAACUUGUGCGCGUUGGGCGUGACGCGCCAGAGAUCAGCCAAGCGCGCAGAUGUGCCAGAGUAUCUGUAAUGCACCGACUGCUCUGAGCUCAUGGGAAGACAUUCCUCUGCUUAUGUUUGGUUGUUGUUACUGUGGGGGGAAUUCACUUUUCUUAUUUUCUAAUCAAAAAUAAAUUUGGGAACUUCGUGUACGCUCAGCAGGAUCGCGUAAAAUCUGCGCCAAAUUGGCAUUUCUUGACAAACAUCUGCGUGACGUUAAAGGGCUCGUGGGUUUUCUGUCUUGCAGGAGACCAAACCUCACAUCCAAGAGUUUUCCAUCAAGACUACCAUCAUCUCCCGUUACGCCUUCACAGCAGUGUACUGCUCAAUGCUCAACAGGCACACAGCUGCCACCGAGGGCGUCUUCCAGUUUCAGAUCCCUGCAGGAGCCUAUGUCUCCAACUUCACCAUGUAAGAGACACACAGGGGACAUUAGACAGUGGAGCUGAAGUCACAAAAGAGGAGCAAUAAGAGACAAAUACUGGGUUUUACUCACUUUGUUUCCACUUUUUUCAAACAAAUGCUUCCUCUAAACACUUUAAAACUUUUUUUUCAAAUGGAACCAAUAAGUUGAGCUUAUUGUCCUCAUGAGGAAAUCAUUUGCAGUGAGUUGAAAAAAAAAAUACACAAAGACAACAGCCAUACACAAAUUCAUACACUGUCCCACAUAAACAAAACAACUCAGGAGAGAAAAAAUAAAAAUACUGCUGUACUGUUCUGACAUGAACAAAACACAGUGCACAUCCAGCAAUCAAUCAACAGAAACAUCAAUUAACUUCAUAAAAUUCAACUUCUACAGUUUAACAGUUAAAUGGAUUAAAACUUGUAGGUUUAGGUUCAUUUAUCAUGUCUGCGAAACAUAAAUAACUUGGUCCCACAAGUAAUUUAUGUUUGUACUGUAAUAUUUUAACGUGCGGCACACAUCAUUUUCAUUUGAGAACUUUUGUUAUCUUGUGAACAAGCUAACUUCUUUACAAGAUCAUAACUUGUUCUCACAUUAUAAUGAUAUCAUGCAAAAGCUGAAAAGUAUCUUGUGUGAACAAGAUAAUAAGCUGUUUCUACAGAAUAUUAAAUUGUGUGGACAUUACUUUAUCCUGCACAAAAUCCUCAGCAGACAAUAUAAAAAAAUCAAAAUUAGAGUAAGUGUUGACUUUCUAGUUCGUAAAAUCUUUUUUGCUCCACUAGUUGAGAUGAUUGAAGAGUUUAUCACAAAUUAGUUUAUUAAAUUUGACAAUGUGGCGCACUCUUGUUUAACUAACAGUCAUAGCCGACAGUAAAUGUGUUUCUUUCUAAAAGCAGCACAGAGGCUAAAACAUUAAGUAAACAGAAAAGCAGCCCAUAGUUUACCUUAAAACACCUUAUUUAAGAAUAAAAGCUCCCAUAAUAAGAUCGUCCAAUCAGCCCACUGUACAGGCUGUCCCCACUAACUGUUCAAUCUAAGCAGAUUUGGACGUUUUAAAUGGUAUUAUUGGCUGGAAGGAUUUAUGAUGUUUCUGUUGUUAUGGAGAUGUUAGUAAGGAGGAAACUUCUAUACUGCUGUUCACACUCAAAAACUGACCCUGGAGUUCAUUCAUGUGCAGCACUGCGGCCCGUAAAAAAGGUAACGGCAGGAUUUGGUUCAAGAAUUUUGUCCUUUUGUUCGAGAAAACCCGACUGAAACGUGACAAUAGGUGGUCCUGAUUAUGAGCAGGGCUCUAAUCCUCGACCUUUGACCCCUAUGAACCAGGAUCAUUGGAGGGCGGGUCUACCAGAGCGAGGUCAGGCCGAAGGAAAAGAGGGUCAAACAGGAGAACGGAAAGGCGAGGAACAAAGAGGCAGGUGAUGCAAGGUAAGAGGAACCUCAGGGUGAGUGCGUGUGUAUGUGUGUGCACGUGCAAGUGUGUGUGUGUAUGUCUGCUGUCUCCUCCUAAUUACACAGCAGCUCUCUUAACCUCUAAUGUUCCUAUUUUGCAAACAGAGACUGAUAAUAACCGGACUUAGAGCUCUUUUAGGCGGACACAGAGACUCAGUGUAUGUGAGGGUGAAAUAACAUCAUUCCUCCAGAGAUUUCUUCAUAUGAAUAUCCUGCCCAACAAGUGACAGAGACGUGGAAGAAGUGACCUCAAGCUUCCAGCUGUCAUGAGAAAAGUGACAUUUUCAUUAGAGGAGAUUUAGUCAUUCAGUGAGUCGGCUGGAAAGGGCAGAGGAGACGAGGAUGGAAGGAGUGAGGAGGACGUGAGAUGAGAAUGGAGCUCUUUUAGACUCAUCAUGUCACCUCUUGGAUGGUUCAUCUCACUCCUCCUCCUCCUCCGCAUAAUUGAUGCUUUUGUUUUGACAGCUGCUGCUCUGGUGAUUUCAGUUUAUUUAACCUUUAAAUUUCAGUCAAGAGGUGGAUUUAAAAGCAGAAUCGAGAUGUUCAUUUGUAAAAUGUUGAUGAAAACAGACUUUGAUGGUUUGCAAAUCAUUUAAACUAUGUAUUCAAUUGAAAAUAGUGAAAAACAACAAAUCAAAUAUCAAACUGAAGAGUCUCUCUGAUGUACAGAUGGGAGGAGGUUCACCACUCUGUGAGAGACCCCUUGAGCAAACAGUCCAACAAUAAUGUUGAGCGUAAAAAAAAAAAUUGGUAUUUUAUCCCUUUUAGUUUAUAAUGUCAUGAAACAAUUCAGAAAAUCUGGAAAAAUCACUUAAAAAAGGGAUAAGACUAAUAGCUGGUUACUGGAUAGCUGUGAUCUUUAGGUCCUUGGGCAGCCCAGCAGUCAAAACAGACAUGACUCUGUAGUGGAAGUCACUGCAUGUGCUCAAAAUCACUCUCAAACACCAUUAUUUUUAGAUAUUGCUGCAUUAGUACACAAAGGUUAAAUAAAUACAAUGCAAAAAGGAAACUGUAUAAACAUGAGUUAGAAACACAGACUGAUUUCUUUUGGUCUGAGCCAAAUUUAAAGCUCCUAUAAGGAGUUUUUUUAUGUUUACAAAAUAAACUGAAAUUCACAUUAGGGCCUUUUUAUGACAUACAAGAGACCAUCAGUGGCAAGAUUGGCAGUUUUCAUGGUGUUAUUUUUAUUGCCUGAAACAGACAUGAGAGGUGUCAGCUGAGCUGCUGCAGAAACAGAUCUGUUUUUAUAUAAAUAUAAAGCAGAUUAAACCACGUUCAGUACUAUCAUGGGUAUUUUACAGUAUUAGGUUGCUGGGCUGGUUUUUGUUUUCCAUUUAAUGAAUGAGAACUAACAGCUAAUCAGUUUGAAUGUAUUUGAAUGCCUCCCUUUUCACCUUACCUUGAACUUAAAUGACAAACAAUUCUGAGUAUAAAUCAGCUUUUUACGUUUGCAUAACCCCUUUAAGUCCACGAGAAAACAUUUCUGACAAAACGCCAACCCUGGCCAGACAUUACAAAUAUUUUAAUGAAAUUUAUCCUCUUGUAGUAACCUUUUACUCACCCCCGUCUCACCCUUGUCCUCCCCCCAAGUCCUGAGCCGGAGGUGGAGGUGUUCAAGAUGGCGGCCAACAUCCCAGGCAGGAACCGGGCCAUCUUCCUGCUAACCUACGAGGAGCUCCUGGAGCGCCGUCUGGGAUACUACGAGCACGUGACCAGUCUUAGGCCGCUGCAGCUGGUCAGCCGUCUCAGCCUGGACAUCACCAUCGUCGAUCACUCGCCCAUCACCGACCUCCAGGUGCUGCCGCUCCGCAACAGCAGGAGCAACACCGCCACCAGCUCUAACGCACCAAAGACACCAGGUUAACAGAUACAAUCUUUGUUCUUUUAUGACUUAUGUCCAAUACUAUUUUUCUGAGGGGGUUUAUCCUCCAUUUUUGAGGUUUGGGCGUUACCAGAAACCUCUAGCCUUGAGUGUUACUCCUCAAGCUCACUGUGGAAGUGAGGGUGGAAAUGUCUGUGUCUUUGAGCUCUAUCCUUAGAGAUCAUUCUUAAAGCCAACAGACCAACCUUUCAAUCCACCCUCAGGUCACGGUCACUUUACUCACUUCAGCCGUUUGUUGUUAAUCCAGAUAAAACACCAACACACUUCCUCUUUUUGUUCUUCAGCCAAGCUCUCGCCUCCCAUCAACACCGUGAUCAAAACAGACCAGAACGUCUGCAAGAUCACCUUCAGCCCCAACAUCGUCCAGCAGGCCAAGAUCGCCACCAACGGCAUCCUGGGGGACUUUGUGAUUCGCUAUGACGUGCAGAGAGACAUGGGGAUCGGAGACAUCCAGGUGAUAGAGAAAAGCAGAGGGCAGAGGGUUAAAAAGCAUGAAAAUACUCGUCAUAGUUUGUUAUCACGCGCACAAAUUCAACUCCACACACACACUGAUCCACCCACCUGUUAGUCAUUCAUUUCUCUGGCUUCCUGCCACCACAGCCGCUCCUCUGCCAAACUCUCCUCUGUCUUCAGAAUCAGGCAUAUUUACUACAUCUGAUCUCACUGCCUGCUUCAUGUCUGCAAACUUCUCUUUCCCAGGUUUUAAACGGACACUUUGUCCACUACUUUGCUCCCAAAGAUCUGCCUGCGGUUCCCAAGAAUGUGGUGUUUGUGAUUGACACCAGCGCCUCCAUGCUGGGGAGGAAAAUCAGACAGGUAAAAAAAUCCAAUUCAGGGGAUAUCCAGAGAGAUAUUUUAGAAUAUUUCAGUAUUUUUGAAGUGAGGUUGUAGGAGUCAUUAGUUAGUGUAUUAUUGUACAGCUGUGUCCCUUUAUUAAGAAACUGCAAGUAGAAAAAGGUAUGCUACCAUAUUCAGCAGACGUGGCUGACACUUCAACGUUAUUUAGCAAAUUUCCUCAUCCUAUUUUAAGUCUACAUUCUUCACGAAAACUUCAUCAUCAGAAAACCAAUUUUUUGUGAACAGUUUGACAUAUGCGCACUCUUCAGUAUGCAGCAACAUUUGCUAUUCAUUCAUAAUGCAUUGGUUUUGAAGAUAUUAUGGUAACAUGACUGGCGGCUGUGGCAAUUUGCAAGCAGCUGCUCAAAAGACAGGUUGAAUCAGAAACAAACAAACAAAUGGGUGGCGCUUGGUCCAUUUAUUAAAUAGUCAGUGGUUACCAUGUGUCAUUAAAUAAAGUAGGGUGACCAUCUUCUGAAUUCCCAAAAAGAGAACAUGACUACGUGGGGGCGGAGUCGCGGAGUCGUGCGUAGUUAAUUUUGAGAGUUUUUCGGGUCGGAUCGAAUGUCUUUUACGUGUUUCUAACUCAGUAAGUCCACGCGACACAAACUUGAAACUUCCGUACAAAACCUCUGACAUAUGUAGGACUUUCCCGGACAAAGCUGGACAGUCCAAACAGGCUUCAAAAAAGAGGACAUGUCAGGCUAAAAGAGGAGGUACAGUCACGCUAAAACAUAGAGGAGAUGAAUAAGCAGCCACUGCUAGCAAGCUAGAUGUAGAUCUCAAAGAGAUGACUCAGCACUUUUAAAAUUGACAUAUAAAGAUUUAAAACAACUUUACAUCUUGUUAACCAAUCAAUUUAGCCUUUAUACCAUUCUUUCAACUUUUAACAUUCAGUUUUGCACCUCAUGAUCUACUGAGAGUAGCUUAUACUUUCAAAAUAAAAGCAUUUAUCUACAAAUAAAGCAACCUAAAUGCAAGACAGAAAAGAGAUACCAAAAUAAAGAGUGACAAACCAUUGGUUAAUAAGGCACAGUCUUCUCUGAAGACAUUUUGUUCUCAGGGUAUACUGUCAAGUCUUCCCUUAAUUAUGUAAUAUUGUUAUAUUUUAUAGUUGUGAUUUUUGAUAUCUGCUGUAAAAACUAUUUGUGGUUUUCGCUGGAUUUUCAUUUUAAAGUCUGAUCUAUGCAGCUUAAAGAUCUACAAAGGGCCGGAUAAACCAGAUAUGAACCUCUGCUUAAUUUUCCUCAAGUGGGCUUAAGGAAAUCCGAUGUAUAUCCUCACGCCUCUUGUGAAGCGAUUUACCUCGUUUCUGAGCAGAAUUCGAAAUGGCUGUACGGGAUAAGAAACCUGAUGGUCCACCUCCGCCCUCCCACACUGGAAUAUCAAUAUCAGACCUCUAUUUCCUCCAUCUGCAACAGCACCAUAAUCCCUCCAGUCAGUCAGUCUUCGAGCUGAACUCUGCAGCUGCCGUGACAAAGAGCACAGAAACAGCAAAUGAGAGAAACAGAUUUGCAGUGAGAAAUAAAAAGUGGAGACAUAGAGCACAAGGCCAUGCUGUGAGGGAGGAAGGUCAGCGUCGAUGGGGUAAUGGAACUUUCUAGACAACAGCACCCUCGACCCCUUGAUCCAUCCCCCGCCCAUCCCCGGCCCCCAGCAGGCUGCAGGAACAGAACAACAAGUGUGUUUGGAUGCGGCUCCACAAUAGAGGGUUUCAGUGUAGGUCAGUGUGUGGUUCUGACCCUGCUGUAUACAGCACAUAUGGAGACUUCAGUAAAUCCCCCGGAGCCAAAUGAUAUAUCACACCCACGCUCAGGGCUGGAAAUUAGACUGAGAAGUUUCAUCGGAGGAAAGCAGGGAGAAGUUUUGCUAUUUGACCGUUUAAUGCUGCAGUUUUAACUGGAGAUAUGUUCAGAUAGAGAUAGACAAAACAUGCAAAAAGUCCAAAACUAGAUGAUCAGCAAGGAGUCAAAACUAUCAAAUACCUUUAUGAUCAGGAGAAAAUCAAAGUUACUCUGGCUGUUUCGUCACUUCAUUGGGGGAAAAGUUUUUAUAAUGUGAGGGAUAGACUGUCAGUAUCAGUCAAAGUCUUUAUAAAACAUGGAUGUCGUCCCAUUGACCUGACCUUUGGUUUCUCAAGAGUCGAUUGUAAGAGCCAAAAUAUCUUCUAGGUACGUCAAUUCUAGGGAUCGACACUGGGGGUGUGGUUUUGGGAUGUUUGGCGGAUUUUUUAAAAAACAUAGGUGUAGUCAGAGACAAUGGGUUUUGGUAAGCGCUGAUAAUUUUCUGUUGAAUGUUUCACUCAUCCUUCUACCCUAAUUUUCAUUAUAUCAGUUUUUCAUUUUGAAGGCAAAAGUUUUGGACCUGGAUCAGUGAGUUUUCUUUUUUCCUUUUUUGAACAAUAAAUCACCUUUAACACUCAACCGGACUGAUGAAUAAACGAGUCACAGAUGCAAGCGCACCUAAACCCCAGCUGCCUUUUUGUUGAAGGAAAGCAGUCACUAGUCGAGUCAAGUCAAGCUUUUUUAUUGACUGAAGCCGAUCGAUAGCGAUUGCCAAAUCAGAAAUGCCGACUCAUGCCAAAUUUCUGUCAAACUCAAAACCAACAAACAGGUGGAGUUGAAACAGGCCACUUGCCUCCAAGCUCCAACAACUUCUUAUUUUGCAAAUCCAUGCAAAACCAAAAAUUCUGUGUAUUAGAUGUAUUUUAAAAAGUGCAUCCAAAAGUUAGUUGCAUCCUUGACACUGGUUAAAUAGAUUUUGCAAAAAACUCAAAGAGGUACAGUACAUUGUUGUGUUGCAACUAUCGAUGCUACUGAACUCAACGACCACACAGGUAGAAGGCAGAAUGAUGAAAGUGGAUGGUGCUAGAAAGAGCUACACAUGCAUAGAAACUGUACGUUGCUGAACACGUUUAAAGGUUCUUUGUGGUGAUCAUCUCUAUGUUCAGAGUUUUUGAAACCCCUCAGACUUUCAUGGUGGAGUGUUUGAGAGAAACCCGACAGCUGGUCAUCUGCCGAUUAAUGAUCGUCUUGAUGUGUUUGGCACCAACUUCUUUAACAAAACAAGCGCAGCUAAACCAAAGUGUCCGUGACCACUUUGUGGAUCUAACAUUGUGUUCCCACAAGAUUUUAUGCAUUUAUCUUCUCUGAGGAAACUCCAAAGUCUGAGGAGCAUGAUACCAAAACCUCUCUUGUUUCAGAUUAACCAGUUUAAAAGUUAAGCUGUGUGAAAGUUGAGUAUCCUAAAUGUGGUGUAUUCACUUGAAAACAUGCUCAUCCUUAUAACUGGAUUCACUUGCAGGAUUUGAAAUCUCUUCUACUUUCUUGUUUCUGUUGUCUCCAGACUAAAGACGCUCUGUUCACUAUCCUGAGGGAUCUGCGACCCGGUGACCGCUUUAACUUCAUCAGCUUUUCCAAUAAAAUCAAAGUGUGGCAGCCCAACCAACUAGUACCGGUGACACCGCUUAAUGUCCGAGACGCCAAGAAGUUUAUUUUCACCCUGGCGACCACUGGAGGUGAGGCAUUCGCAUAGAAAAUUUGAUUCCUGAAUUGGACUUCUAUAUCAAUGUCAGCUGACUCAGCAUCUCUUCUUUGCAGGCACAAAUAUCGACGGUGCGAUCCAGGAGGGCUCCUCUCUUCUGCGCCAACACCUCUCAGGCCCUGACGCCAGUCCAAACAGCGUCUCCCUCAUCAUCUUCCUGACUGAUGGACGGCCCACAGUCGGAGAGGUCCAGUCCACUACGAUACUGGGAAACACAAGAUCAGCGGUGCAGGAAAAGUUCUGCAUCUUCACUAUCGGGCUCGGGAACGACGUGGAUUACCGUCUGCUGGAGCGCAUGAGUCUGGAGAACUGUGGGAUGAUGAGACGGAUCCCCGAGGAGGCGGACGCUAGCGCCAUGCUCAAAGGGUAAGAAUCUUCUUAUACUUUCGUAGUGGAAAAAUGGUUCCCAAGAUACAGACGAUGCUAAGCAACUGAAUCUGAAUCUGUAGUUCUUGCAGAAAUGGUUUUAGACCAGGGCAAGAGUACUUAACCACCCAAAAAAGGAUCUUACCAGUUUUAUAGCACUCUGAAACAAGGCCAAGGUUUGUAACUUGGUAUUAAACUGCUUCACCAUAGUCUGGAAUUGGUGGUUCAUCAAAGUACCAACUCAACCAACAAUUCAGUUUGGACUAGAAUUGUAGUCCCACUGGCUUAAAUCUGAACUUGGUGGUCCACAAGUGUCUGAACCUUGCCUGACAGAAGCCACAGAGGAGAACUCAUCGACUUUUCCUCUAAAAAGUAAUAAUUGUCAACCUCCAAUCUUCAUAUAUGUGUAAUCCGGCUCUUAUUAAUCAAUAAGCUCUCUUUAACCCCUCCCCUUCACCCCUUUGACACGUCUUUCAUCGAGCUACCAGAGAACGAGGAGCGAAAAUGUGACGGUGCUGACAACAGACCUCUUUAAUCAACUCCAGCGUGUGACAGCCACAGACUCCGACGGCCUCCUUCUUUUUCUCUCCCAGACCUCUUUUCUAUCCUUCACACACAUCCCUCUGCUCUCUCUUCCGCACUCGGACACUCGAGGUGUUUGUUCAGUCGGGCAGGAAUGUGUGUGUGUUGUGAAACCUGCAUCUGGGUAUGUAUGUGGGGUUAACAGAUAGACUCCUCAGAUAAUAGACCCCUCGUCCUGCUUGAACAAACACGCCGGUUAAGAGGUGAGGAGGUUUACUGCGGCGUGACAGCAAGGACGGGACACAGGACGAACACACACACACACACUCACACUCACAAUCUUCUCCUCACACACACUCUUUUAUGAAUGUGUGCAGACACUCUGCAGAGGCUGUAGAAGCUCUCAGAUGUUAAAAAGCAGGUUUACAGCCUGAAAAAAGGUUUGUUUAAGCAAAUAUAAGAUUGUUUUUCCAUCUUCAUAACCUUCAGCUGAUGUGACCUUGAACAAAGGAACUGAACGUGAGACGCAGAAAAGAUGUUAUCACACAAAGACGCUUUAAUCCCUGAAAGUGUCCAAAAAUGGUGUUAGCGCUGGCAGGUCAGUAUGUUUACAUGACACUCGAGAAAAACAAAUUAUUGCCUUACUACGAUUAAGACGGGACAACUUAAGUUCAUGUAAACACCUUAGUCCAACUGUAAUCGGAGUCAGAGAACUCUGAUUAAGACUCCCAGAUAAUGCGAUUGGAAUUUGAUUUUCUCUACCAUGUAACCAGCAUAGUUGGGGUAUGGUUGGACAAUGCAUGUGCGCGUGCGCCACGCCCCGGAACAAAAACACCAGAGAAGAGAAGUAGCGUACACCUCAUCUACAGAAAAAGUGGCGCAUACAUCAUGUUCGACAAAAACAACGCUGUACGAUGCUCCAUCUUCUUGCUCGAAAAUGCUCAGCAGCAGUUGUAGACACUUCUGACGUCUGACGCAGACCUGCUGUUGUUGUUGACAGUUGUAUGGGGUCAACCGGUAAUGGCCCCCUAUCGGCCCCUAGUUUUAGAGAGGAGGACAUGUUUACAUCAGUAAUUUGAUUUUCUCCACUGCAUGUUCACGCGGACAAGGAGAGAAGUCCAAUUCAAUGAAAAAAAAAAAUUAUGAAUUAUGAGCUUAGACCAAUUAAGCUGUGCAUGUAAACGCACUGAGAGAUGACAAGUUAGGUGACGCUAUUCAAACCAGGGAGAUCAGGUCUGGAUGAGGUCUCACUCCACCUCCAAGAGUUACCUUUUUUUCCCCUUUAACUUAAUGUUUGCAGUUAAUGUUUUCUUGAGAUUAACUCACAAAAGUCAGAAUUUUGAGUUCCAAAUCAGACCAAUCAUUCCUGCCACUUUUUGUCCUUCCAGGUUCUACGAUGAGAUAGGAACUCCUCUGCUCUCCGACAUCAGGAUAAACUACACCCAAGACUCUGUGGAGUACGUCACCCAGCAUCUGUUCACCAACUACUUCAACGGCUCUGAAAUUGUCAUCGCCGGCAAGUUGAAAAACCAGAGCGCCGAAUCGCUGCACGUCCAGGUCACAGCGAGCAACAACGACAAGAGCAUCAUCCUGCAGACCGACGUCCCGCUGCGGCACCGACAGAUAGAGACCGAGCAGCACGUGAAAGCAGCCACAGCGGCGAUGGCAGAGGGAGCGAAGGUUUUAGGCGCUAUAACUGAGGACUUUGUCGAACGUGUAUGGGGUUUCCUAAGCGUCAAAGAAGGGCUACGGUCAAGGUUGACAAGCCAAACCAGCAAGGAAAGAGAGGAGUACAUCCAGCAGGCCACAAACCUGUCUAUGACGUACCACUUCCUCAGCCCGCUCACCAACCUGGUGGUGGAAAAACCCGAGGUACUGCCUGACAACACCAUGGCCCCACCACCAACCAUCGCCCCAGCUGCUGGAGAGACUGAUAACGGCCUACCGGGUGAUAUGGAGGAUGGAAAGCCGUUGAAACCCAACAGGGAGCCAGGCGCUAGCACUUCAUCUCUGAGCAACAGUAUUGGUAAGAUUGAAAAGUCAAAGUCAUGGCAAGUAAACCGGCAAAUGUGCAACACUGGGAUAGAUUUGUGUCGCUCCCAGUCUAAAAUCAACCUCAAUUGAGAGCCAUGAAGAAGAGACAGAUCUUAAGCAGUGCAAUAGGUACUUGUGCGAGAUCCUUUUUCUGACUCCUUCUAGUUACCUUCUAAUGUGAGCAUUUCACUGGUAAACAACCUAAGGUUCCCACCCUCCUCAGUCACUCCCAGAAUUGCUACAAGUCAGUGAAACAUCUAGUUAAUAUUUCUAUGAUUGUAGGCUUGAAUACGGACCAUAUGUUUUGUAUUAGCUGCCAACUAUCUUACGGCUAAUAGCUGCUAUCACAAUAUCGUAAUGCGAGGGUGACCAUACGUCCUUUUUUACCCGGACAUGUCCUCUUUUUUGGGGGCUGUCCAGCUUUGUCCGGGGAAGUUUAUAAAAUCUUUCAAAUGUCUGCGGUUUUGUACAUAAGUUUCGAGUUUGUGUCAGGUGGCUUUACUGAGUUAGAAGCGCAUAAAAGACACUCGAUCCGACCCGAACAACUCUCAAAAAACAACUUUGAACGACUCUGUGACUCUGCCCCCACGUAGUCAUGUCCUCUUUUUGGGAAGUCAGAAUAUUGGGAAGUGACCCUAGUAAUGCUCCACUACCCGGAUGUAAACAAGCACAGAUGGCGUCUGAUGUUGUGUUGCUCUGUGAGAUGGAAAAAGGAGGUAAAGUUUUAUGAAGGGUGUGUGUCGUUAAACAAACAUAUAACCACUCAACUUGCUCAGUCUGUGGAUGUUUUCAUCUCCACUUUUUUAUCUUAGAUUAAACCAUAUUUGGGUGAAAACAUGAAUCUGGAGGAUACAGCAGGGUUGGCUGUUUAUUGUCACGAUUAUCUGCAUUUUACCAAAUAAUCAUCUUACUCCUAACAGCAACAUUUCCAGCUUUCUUCAACCUUCUUUUUCUUUUCACACCCUGUGAAACUCUAACAACAAAUUUGACAGUAGUCACUGUUCCUCACAUGGGAGAGUGUGAGACAAAUGUAGGUUACUGACUCAAAGAAGUAAAUAAAUACUCUUUUCAUUGCAGGUAAAGUUCAGAGGAGACCAGCAAAGAAAUCCAUCACCAUCUCCAAAACAUCAGGUGACUCUUAAUUCUCUCUGUCGUGUAAUCAGUCGUACAUUUCCUCCUGCUCGUUUCAUGUGAUAACAUCUAAACUCUGCACAUUAAACGUAUGUACGCAGCGGUUAAAAGGCUCCUUAAAGAGACUCUAAAGAAAGCAGAUGGGGAAUGUACAGUAGACUCUCUCUCUAAGACUCUCUGUGUGGGCGACCUGUAAUUUGGACGUUCGUCAGACAGCGUGACGGGCUCAGGGAUGCCUCUGAACAUGACCUGAAAAGAGGGAAGAAGACACAGGGUCUAAUUGAAAUACCAACACAAGCGCUACGUGGCACUUGAAACAUGCAAGUGCGUGUUCAAAAAACACACACAGUCACACAGUCACACACGGAGAAGGGAGAGAGGGACAGAGUGAAGAGAUGAAGGUGGAUGUUUGUGGAUGUGUUACAGUGAAGAGAGGGAGCCAUCAGAGGCAGUUAGUGAGGGUUAAUGACCCCGUCAUUACCGUAGCUCUAUCAUCUCCACUCAUCUCAUCUCUCCUCGCUUCAUCUCUGCUGGUUCUCACAAGUCUGAGGGACUCAAAGUGAGGAAAGAAGAAAAUGUAUCUCUGAUUCUUCUCCCGCUCAAACGGGAGUCUGAAACGAAUCAAAAAUAUCACCAGACAAGAGACACUUUCUUAUAGCUUUUUGCUCGGAUUAUAAGGAAAUAUGAGGCACAAAUCUGAACCAGAAUCAAAAAUACUGUUUUUAACCAGGGAGGAAUUCAUAUUUAAAGUUACUCUUUUACACAAAAUAACCAUAAGAAUAUCAGAAUAUUAAUAAAAACAGGAAUAAUAUAAGAAUAAAUAACAAAUUAAAUGAGUUAAAGCUCCAGUGAGGGAUUUUUGGAUGCUUAUAAAUCACUCUGAAAUUUAUACUGAUGCCUUUUAAUGGCAUGCAAAAGCUAACAAGAUCAUCAAAAACACGACUGACAGUUUUUAUAUUGGAAUAUUUAAUGUCUGAAAUUGGUGCGACGGGGUAGGUGUCAGCUGAGCAGCUGAAGAAACAGCCUUGUGUUUACAAUUUUCUCUUAAAAUAUUCACAAGGAGUGAUUCAUUUGACUGUCAAAAGCCAGUCGGAUGGAUUUCUACUCUUACAACCUCAAAUCUUAGUUUGAAUCUAGAGUUUGUACUGGUAAGACGGAGUGGUAAAAAAAUACUUCUUGCUUCUUAUUUAUCUCUCUUCUACUUUCACUUUCCUCCACUCCAGCCGAUGGCGACCCUCACUUCGUGGUUGAAUUCCCGCUCGGUAAACUGACGGUUUGCUUCAACAUCAAUGGUGAACCGGGACAUGUCUUGCGCCUCGUCUCCGACCACAAGCACUCUGGUAAGAUUGACAUUAUGCACUACCAAAACCCUCAAAAUUCGCUGCGUGUUUAAGUUUAAAGGGUCAUUCAUGUCUCGUGUCUCCAGGUGUGACAGUAAACGGGAAACUGAUUGGUGCUCCAGCUCCACCAGGCAGCCACAAACAGCAGCGUACAUAUUUCAGCACCAUCACCAUCGUGGUGGAUCGGCCCAAACGAGCCUACAUCGAGGUGACACCCAAGAAGGUGAUCCUGGACGGGCACGACAGGAUGGUGCUGCCCUGUCACUCCACGAUCUCGGUGGAGAGCGGCGCUCUGUCUGUGUCUAUCGUAGGAAAGUCUAAUGUCACGGUGACUGUGGGAGGAAACAUCAGCUUUGUGAUUCUGCUGCAUCAGUACAAGAAUCCAGCCCCCUACCAGAAAGACCACCUGGGCUUCUACAUCGGGCACAGCAAGGGGCUGUCGCACAACUGCCAUGGCCUGCUGGGUAAGUAUGACUUAGUAAAUGAGGAGAAUGUUAAAACUAAACAGUUGCGAGAAAAUAUAUGCUAAUUUUGAAAUCAAUGUCAUGUUCAUGCCAAACGUUUGAUUAGGUGACAGAUUUGUCUGCAGGUUGGCCAGUUUAGCACCUGGACUCUCCUACUACAGAGCCACACUGUUGUAAUGUGUUCACAAUGUAGUUUGGCAUUUUCUCACUGUAUCAUGUGAGGUCCUCCCUGAAAAAGUCAUUGUUUCCAAACGUGUAUAUUAUGUUCAGCAUUAAUGUUUCAGACACCUAUGAACACUUCUUCUCUGAAUAUUUAUUUUGCAUGAAUAAUAAGAAACUUUAUAGUAGCAUUGUUGAAUUGUUGGUUCACGCAGUCUCUCACAAAGUGGUGAACCGUUUUCUACCUAGUCAUGUGACAUAUCUGUUACAAAUUGACUUAAAAAGUUAAGGGGGUUCCUUCAGGUAUUUUUUAUUAGGGUGACCAUAUGUCCUCUUUUACCCCAACAUGUCCUCUUUUUUGGGGGGGGGAAUCCUGACAAAGGAUUCCCUGUUCAAAACCGCGGACAUCCUUCAAAUUUCCACGGUUUUGCACAAGGGUCUCGAUUUUGCAUCACAUAGACUUACUGAGUUAGAAGCGCGUAAAAGACACUCGAUCCGACCCGAAAAACUCUCAAAAUUAACUUUGUGCAACUCUGUGACUCAGUGACUCCGCCCCCAUCGUUGUGACCUCUUUUUAGGGAGUCAGAAUAUGGUCACCCUAUUUUUAUGCAUCACACAAAAGUUUUUUUCCCCUGUCUCACCUAUUUUGAAACAUGUCGUGUCACCAAAUUUGAAACAUUUUUCAUUUACUUUUUGAAUCAAAUAUAGAGUUUAAAUAAUUUGCAAACCAUCAAAGUCCGUUUCUUUGUGUUUUACCAGAAAUCCCAACUUUUGUGAACUUGGCAAUGUGUAAUCAAGCAUGCUUCAAAGCUCAAACAAUACAGUGAAAUGAAAUGAAAAAGUCCCAAAAGAAUAAUCUCAACCUGAACAAAACCAUUUUUUAUUAAAGCUGCUGCGAGGAACUUGUGUUUUGCAUCAAUUAUGGUGCCCUCUGUAGACAGAGAUACCUCUUAACUCUUGUACAUGAAAGGCUGCAUCAGUUUUCUCAACAAGUGAAAAACCCCUUAUAGUGCCUUUAAAUUCUCAUGUAUCAACACAACAUAAAAAUCUUGUACUACCGAGGAGUCAUCAGCUUACACUCAAAAUAGCUCCAACCUUUCCUUCUCCUUGUAGGUCAGUUCCUGUAUGAGGAAGUGGGCCUGGCGGAGCUUCCUGCAGAGGGAGGCAUGAAACCCUUAACCGCCCUCAAGGUGAAGGACCGCUCGGUUCCGGUGAUCCAGAAGAGCCGGAAGAUCUACAGCGGGACUCAGAGUGUGGACUGCUGGUUCGCUCGUAACAACGCCGCCAAACUGAUAGACGGACAGUAUGAGGAUUAUGUGAUGUCACAUAUGUUUGAUACGGGAGACUGGCCACACGGGACGAACAGAGUGUGAGACUGAAACUGCAUUUAUCUGAAUUAACUCGAUUUACUCCUUAUCUACUGCACAUCCGAACAGGACGACAAACCUUCAAAUUUCACAAUCUCUCUUCAAAAACAGUCUGUUUUGAGUAUAUUUUUGUACUAUUUCUAAUAGAAAUUAAAUGUUUUUAUGAUAUUGUAUCUAUUAUUUUCUACUGUAAUUUUAUGAUUGUAAAUAAAAUCCUUUAAAAAACUUA